ACCAAAUGCUGUCGAAUCUUCGGUUGUUUUCCUCGCCGAAAUUUCUUUCUGUCAUCGUCGGCUCGGCAUUUUGCCACAUGUAUAUUACAUCAGAUUAAAAAAAUCCGUUUUUCUUGCUUGAAUCAGUUUCAAAACGGCGAUCAAUAAUCAAUCAAGAUGGUGUUAACGUGUAGAUUCUACAAGCAGAAGUACCCGGAGGUGGAGGAUGUGGUCAUGGUGAACGUUCUGUCUAUCGCCGAAAUGGGCGCGUACGUCCACCUGCUGGAGUACAACAACAUCGAGGGCAUGAUCUUACUGUCGGAAUUGUCCCGUCGGCGUAUCCGUUCCAUCAACAAACUGAUCCGGGUUGGCAAAACCGAACCAGUGGUGGUGAUCCGAGUCGAUAAAAAUAAGGGCUACAUCGAUUUGUCCAAGCGGCGCGUUUCCCCGGAAGAUGUCGAGAAGUGCACGGAGCGAUUCGCCAAGGCCAAAGCCGUGAACAGUAUCCUGCGCCAUGUGGCCGAUAUGAUGAAGUUCAACGACGAACAGCUGGAGGAACUAUACGAAAAGACUGCUUGGCAUUUUGAGGAGAAACUCAAGACCAAGGCGGCAGCCUACGAUGUGUUCAAGCAAUGCGUUAGCGAUCCAGCCAUGCUGGACGAAUGCGGCCUGGAACCGGAAGUAAAGGAAUUGCUGCUGAGCAACAUCAAACGCAAGCUGACCUCGCAGGCGGUCAAAAUCCGUGCUGACAUUGAGUGCGCUUGCUACGGGUACGAGGGUAUCGACGCGGUCAAGACGGCACUUCGGGCUGGUCUCGAUAUGUCAACCGAGGAGUUGCCCAUCAAGAUUAAUCUUAUUGCACCCCCACUAUAUGUCAUGACAACUUCAACCCCGGAGAAAGCCGAUGGGCUGAAGGCACUGGAAUCGGCCAUCGUAAAAAUCCAGGAGACAAUCGAGAAUCUCGGUGGUGUAUUCAAGGUGCAGAUGGCUCCUAAGGUGGUGACGGCAACGGAUGAAGCUGAACUGGCCAGGAAAAUGGAACGAGCCGAGGCCGAAAAUGCGGAAGUCGACGGAGACGAUGGGGAGGAUGAGGACGAGGAGGGCAUAAGCUACAACCAGGAAGGCGAGGACGGUGAAGAUGAGGACAAAAACGGCAGCGACGAGGAAGGGGACGAGAAAAAGGAGGAAUAGGUUGACCACCAGCAGCAAUCAGCAUCCGUGGCACAAGCAAAAUAGAUUGUGAGGCAGGGGCAAGUUUAAAUUAUUUGGUAAAUUUUCCUCUACACCUAUAGACAGUGUCGUAUAUUAUAUUAAUUGUUCUUUCUUUUCCGAAACGGUUUGUCGUUUUGUAUUUCCGCGGGAGACAAACUUAUGCAAAAAAAAACGUUUUAUCCAGCAUCAUUUAAUUAUUAAUUGAAAAUAGCCUAGAAUUAUUCGUAUGAGAAUAAACAGAAAAUUACUCAAUUUA